CCUAAACAAAAAAAAAAAAAACAGAGAGCAAUGAAGAAAAUGGUGCUAAACUUGGAUUUGCAUGAUGAUAAGGCAAAACAAAAGGCCCUUAAAACGGUUUCUACUCUCCCAGGAAUCGAUUCCAUUGCAAUGGACAUGAAGGAGAAGAAGUUGACGGUGAUCGGAACUGUGGACCCAAUAAACGUUGUAAGUAAGCUAAGAAGGUAUUGGCCAAUGACGGACAUUGUACUAGUGGGACCUGCGAAAGAGCCGGAAAAGGAGAAGAAAGAGGAGCCGAAGAAGGAAGGAGGUGGCGAGCCGGCAAAGAAAGAAGGAGAAGCUCCAAAAGAAGAAGGGAAAAAGGAAGGAGAAGCCCCAAAGAAGGAAGAAGAGAAGAAAGAAGGCGGCGAGAAGAAGGAAGGAGAGAAGAAAGAUCAACCGCAGCCGCAACUAGUCUUGCCGCCACCGGAUCAUGUGUUGGAACUUGUAAAGGCGUAUAAAGCAUAUAAUCCUCACCUAACCACACAUUACUACGCCCAAAGCAUCGAAGAAAACCCUAAUGCUUGCGUUAUAUGUUGAAAACAUAUAAUGUUUUAUAUAAUUUGAGGGGUGGAGAAGAUGGACCGAUCUAUAGUGAGGACUGAGGAUGAAGAAUAAGAAACACAUGCAUGAUAUAUCUUAGUCUUAAAAGAUAUAUCUUCAGAUUGGAUCGGAUAUGUUUUUUUUGGUUGGCCCUCGAUAAUGCGGGGACGUUUAAUUUUCCUUAAAUCGAUUUCGAUGAUAUGUUUUCUGUAUAUAUCGUCGAUAGUACUAGAAUUUCAUUUUACUUUACUUUACUUUACUUUCAAGGGGGAACUUUCUGUAUAUAAUGGUGUUAUAUAUGUGCGUUAGUAUUUUUGAUUUGUUUGUUAAUUAUCUUAA